UCCUGGGCUGCUGAAGCAGAAUGUGUGAACCCAACUGCUGUGCCACUGGGCUGGCCCCUAGAAUGUGUUUUCUGUAAGCAUUGUUAGAAUCUUUUGCAUGCCUCUCUUAGUGCUCGGUAUCAUCACAGAUUUAUGAAUUUAUGCCUUUUUGGGACUCAGCUAAUUUCGUUUAAUUAUUUGUGGAGGUGAUGAUGAUUGAAGCUCAAAUUCUCAUGUUGUGGCCUUCCGAGAGCCUGUCAAGGUUCUUCCUUUUCCUUCUUAGCACUAGUGUGAAUGUCUUGGAAAGCGUCUUUGCUUCUUGGGAAUGUUAUAUUUUGACUGCUUUUGGUUUUGCCCCUGCUCCAAGACUUGGAAUCAGCUAUGACUUUGGCCGCAUUGGUUCCUUUCAGUGAGAAAUGGUACUAAACACCAAAAUCUGGGUAUACAGGGGGAUACUGUUUUUUGGCAGGAUGAUACCAGAGGCUGUUUUGGCCCCCUGUGGGACAGAGUAAAAGAUAAGUAGUUUUAAGUAUUUUUAAGGUUAUUAGUUCACAUUGAUGUUUUUAGUUUAAAUUUAAGUCCUUCCUUAUUUCUGAAAACUUUCUGAUUCAUUUUCUUUUUCAAGCUGCCCACUUCUCUUUUCUCUGUCAUCCUUUACCUGUAUUGCUCUAUCAAACUGUGGGUUUAAAAAGUGUUGUUUAAAUCACAAUGUUAUAUAAAGCUUUGGAAUCCUCCCUUUCGAAAGUUAAAUCUUAUUCCAGUUUAAAGUAUACCCCAUAAUAAAUUCAUUGUUUUUCCAUUUUGUGUGGGCUUUGAGAAGAAUGCAUGUGUUUUAAAAUUAGACAAUUCUGUUCGGUAAAGCAGGGUUGCAUAGUGACCCUGUGGGCCUUCUUUCUUUUUUCUUGACUUAGGUUUUUUCAUUUGUGUUAAGUUCAUAUGAUACCUUCAGAUAGUAUCAACAGACACAGUACUGAUUGUUUGAAAAGAAAAAGAAACCCCACAAAUCUACCCCCAAGAGAACACCAGCAUAAUACCAACCAUAAUACCUAGUACCUUGUAUGAUAUUACUUUAUGCAUAAUAGAGGAGGGUGAUGGAGGCGAGACCACAGACCGAGACAGGCUUUUGAAGUUUUAUUUAAAGCUCCAUAAACUUUCAUUUUCAUGAGCCAAAAUAUAAAAUUUGCUUUUUGUGCAUUUACAUUUUUAUUCUUACCAUUAUUUACUUCUGCCAAGUCGGUUUUAGUAUUGAACUUCAAUUUUCAAAGCCUUGAGAGAGAGACAAAUACAGAUAUUCAUUUUAUGGUGAUUCUGUGUUCUUUCAUGUUGUAUUAGUACACAUUUGCCCAAAAAGUGUUUUUUCCUCAGAUCUUUUUGUAAGAAAAUUUUAUACAUAUAAUUGAAAUCUUCUUUGUAUUCCUUUCUCUCAGAGGUAACCAUUGUCUUGAAGUUGGUGUGCAUUCUUCCUUUGAAAGUUUUAAUGUUUCUCCUACAUGUGGAUGUUUACAUAAACAGUGAAUAAAUGGUCUUCGGUUCUUAAAAUCUACAUAAAUGGCAUUAUAUGGUACAUAACAUUUUGUAACUUGCUUUUGUAUGAAAUGUUUUUUGAGAUUUUUCCAUAUCGAUAUAAGCAAACUUAUUUCAUUCUUUGCAGUUGCUAUGUUGCAUUCCAUUCUGUGAAUAUGCCUUAAUUUAUUGCCCUAUUGAUGGAUGUUUAGGUCAGCAUUUUUUUGCUCUUAGAAGUAAUGCUUUAUUGAUCACCUUUCUUCAUAAUUCCUUAGACACAUGUGGAAUAUUUGGAAAGUAUAUACUUAUAAGUGAAAUUGCUGGGUUGACUAAAUAUAUUGUUAUUAUAUAUUACUCAAUUAUUCUUUAGAGUGUUCCAGUUCACAAUCCUGUAAGUAGUGUAUGAGAAUUCUUGUUUUCCCCAUACAAAUUAUUAUCUUGUUAGAGUUUUUAAUUUUAGCCAAUCUGAUGGAGAUGAAAUGGUAACUAAUUAUUAUUUCAGUUUACAUUUCCCUGAACACUAAUAAGAUUGGGCAUCUUUUCAUAGUUUAUUUGCCAUUUAGGUCUUAUUGUCUAUGAAUUCCUUUAAAAAACAAAAACUAAAGGAAGGAUAACAUUAACAGUUGAAAUCUCCUUUAUUCAUUCAAUGAGAGUGUCUUCCCUUUGCUAGGCACUGUACAGGCUCUCCAGAUAUAUAGCAGGGAACAAAGUCUCACAAGUCAAAACAGAUUUUAUUUUUAAAUGUAACAGAAUGUUAAAGAGAGAUGCUCUCAGUCUCAGUUUUAACUAGAGCCCCAAAGGCCAAGAACAAAGCAUUAAGUGCCAAGUACCCUCAAAUCCUAGAGCCAAGUGCUAGACCCUCCUGGGCAGGACUUGCUAAGAGAUGAAAGCCACUGCUAGCAUGCGCAGUCACCCAUUUACAGCCUAUGGAAGGAAGCGGCCGAAGGGCUGAGAGAAGCAUUUCUUCGGGGAAAGUUUUCAUGUGCUGGGCAUCCUACAAGUAUGUGUAUGAUGCUGAAUGCUGUAGGAAUGGAUGACGUUGCUCAGGCAGAAUGUGUAGCAUGGGAAGACAGAAGAGGAUGGAAUACAGAGCCUUUUGGAACCAGUACUGAGGGAAUGGGCAGAAGUGGAUGAACCCGCAAAACAAAGACUGAAGACUGGUCAAAGAAGUGGGAAAAGAACCAGAAGAGAAAGCUGUCAUAGAAACUGAGAGAGGACAAGGUGUCAAGAACAGUGGAGAAGGCCGCAGGUUUUGAAUCAUUCUGACGCAAGUAGGAUUCCUGGCUCAGCUUCUAACUGGCUAUGUAACUCCACUUCUCCACUUUAAGAUGAAUCCAUUUAGGAGGGAUAAGGCCAACAUGUGUAUGAAAUACCUGCUGAAUUCAGACUUUACCUCCCAAGGUGGGUACUGAAGUAUAAAACUCACUCAAUUCUCUCCAAGUGCCCUUUUCAGCCUACCCUGACUAAGGAAGAGUACGUGAGUUCCGACAUACUGUGUCACUGCUUACAAGAUGAACAUUUUUUCACAUUUUAACAUCUCCUAAAUCAUGAUGUGUCUUACUACCAAUUAAUAGGAUCAUAUCACUGCAUCAUUGUUUAACUUGCAAUGUUUUCUCCCCUUUCUUAUAACUGAUGGUGUUUUUGAUUCUUUGAAAUACAGGGUUGAAAUAGGUACCUUUGUGGGUGCGAGGGCCAGAAGUUGAAAGAGUUCCUACCUUGUAAUCCUGGUUUUCUCAGGAACGAAGGACUGUAGGUCACCUUGUAAAGUGGAGGUGGAUGUACACUGAGAUGUUUGAGGGACUUCUCUUUUCCCUAUACCACCACCCUUCCCAUCCUCUGUCAAUUUCCAAGUCUUAGGGCUUUGACUUCCUUAAGAGUCUGCACUAAUAUGUUUACAGGGUAUCUCCAGUGCUUAGCACAGUGUCUGGCACAUUAUAAAAGAUCAUUAAAUAUUUACGUUAAUUAAUGAAUGAACAUAUGAACAAAGAAAGUUUGGAACAGCAGUUGUGGGGAGUGGAAGAGGGGGUGAACUAGAAACAAGAUAAGGAUUACCCUGCAGACUGUUGCCUCAAUUGAGUUUCAAGACUGUCUACCAGUAUGCACCAUUGCAUGAUUUUUUCACUAAUUCUUAGCAUUCAUAUAAGAGAAUAGAGAAGUCAGAGGACUGAAUUAAUGCAAAUUAGGAGAUUUGCAGGGUGAGUUUGAGAGAGAGGCCAAAAGCUGAGGAUGUUGAGAAUGCAGAUGAGGAACAAGUCAUCUAAUGUUGCUGGCACACAUCUGUACUUACUCGUUGACCUAAAAUAUAUGCUUUUCUGUUUCUAUUGUUUUUAAAACUACUUCCAGUUUGUUAUUGGAUCAGUUCAAACCCUUGACUGUGUACUGUUUCUUAAUCUUUACUAGACUGCAUCUGGUAACUACUGUCUAGUGAACUAUAUUACCCGUACUAGUGUACAAUUUCUUUUCCUUUCAAAUGUCUAGGCAGAUCUGCAUUUUCCACCCCAUACCCUAGGUGUGCACACCCAAACACUUUUUUUAAAAGUGAAUUAAUUUUACUAACUUCUUUCUUUCAAAAUGAGCUAAUAGUGAAUAAGGAAGUUGUAGAAAUAGCCUGUGAAAUUAUUUGAUGAUCCCCAAGCAAUAUUUUUUCCACCUUUCAAGUCACAUACAGAUAGCUAUGCUGUCUGAGUAACAAACUACAAACAGCAAACCUCUGUGGAUAGAGUUUAAUAUUGCAAUGAAAGAAAACGUAACAGAGUUAACCUGGUGCUAAUUUAGCGACGAACAUUAUUAUUUUGCAUAAUUAAGUAUAUUUGUAAGCCGCUUGUACAAAUACUAUAAUUAAUGUAAUAGAUUGAAUAAUUUACAUUCACUACACUCAGACUAGUUAAAGAUGUAACUGUAUGUUACUCUGUAACUGAAUUUGGAGUAGCUCAUUAUCUCUGUUCUGGAUAAUGUGGGAAAACUUUGAAUUUGCCCGUUCAAGUUAACUCAGUCAAUUCUAGUUUAGAGCUAGUUUUUUUUGUGUUAAAGAUUCAGUCACAUUCAGGGUUCUCCCUUCUGCUCCCCUCUUACCUCUCCCCACGUGUAAUCUAGGUUCCUGAAGGGACAUAUCAUCUAGGCAUCAAGAGAAGGGACUUUCAGUCCUGAAUCAUUUCCUGUCCUUACUGGCCUCCAGCUCAGAUAGGAAGCUGCCGUGAGGUACCUCAGAAGCCCCUUUUAACCUUCACUCUGGGAGUUGUUCAUUACCCAGGUGUUCUAGAACAGCUGCUCAAAGUUUGGUCUGUGGACCAGCAGCAUCAACCUCCCAUCCAGUCUGGGAGCUUGAUGGAAAUGCACAUUCUGAAGACCUAGUGAAUCAGAAUCUCUGGGAGCAGUGCCCAGGAAUUUGCAUUUUAACAUGCUUUCCUGGUGACUCUGUUGUACCCUAAAGUUUGAGAAGCUUUGUUCUAGAAGAUUUUCUAAACUUCAGCUGAGAUAUCAUGGUGAAAUUGUAGUUUUAAUUAGUGGUAAUUAUGGUUACAGGCAAACAAGAUGUUCGUAUUGAGGUAUAUAACGAUGGAGUAUUGGUCUUGGUGGGAACAGAGUGGCUAAGGUUAAAAAAAAAAAAGGAGCAGUUGUAGUGGCCAUAGGACAUGAUGAAUGCAGAAAGUGCCUGGAAUCAUGGAAUUAGUAGAAUAAAGAGAGUUGGGAAUGGAUUGAAAGAGAAGCAUGUUUUAGAUGCCUGCCAUUGUGAGAUUUUAUUAACCUCUUUUGGGCUUGGUCUAAUUAUGGUUUUCUUAAAAAUAAGCCCUCUCAUUGCCCUUGUGGGACCUGAGUCAAGGAGAACCAACACAAAUAUGCUGUAUUCAUACUGCUUGAUUUGCUGUGAGUGAUAAAGUCCUCUGUGACCCCAAAAUUGUGUCUUCUACUAGCAUCCAUGAAAUAGUCACAGAUUAAUCUAUUAGCUUGUAUAUAGGAUAAAAUCACAUUACAAUCUGACAAUUAUAUGGUCAAAAUUAGAGAGCUUUAGGCCUCUGAAAAGGAGUGUGUUCAAAGGUUUCCCAAAGAAGAUUGUUAGGAAGCAGACAAAAACAGGAAGUUGUAGUAGGGUAUUUAGGAUAUUGAGAAGUAAAAAAAUAUAUAUUUGAGGAGGUUUUUAUGUCGUAAGUGACUAUACACAUACACCUAUUAUAUGGACAGUGCUUGAGGUUGGUUUGGAAAAGGAGAGGGCAAUAUUUCUUUUCUAAUGACUCUGUUAACCUUACCUUUAAAUGAGUGUACGUUGUUUCAGGAGAUUAUACACAGUGGUACAGUAGAUCUCCAUAAUCUGUGCAUGUGGCCCACACAAUCAGAUGGCACUCUUUACUGCUAAGGUAGAUGAAGCAUGUUUCAUUUUGGGGGACAGUGACAUUUGCUAUUUAGGCUUUUUUUUCCAUCUCAAUAUAUCUUUGGACCAAAGUCUGUAAUAGUCACUUUUCCCUAUCACUGGAGGAUAUAAAAACUUGGCGUAAAGAGUGUUCAAAUAAAAGAAGAAUGAGUUAGUAGGCCAGGUGUGUGGAGGGCAGCCAGUGAAAGAGACAGUCCCAGGUAAAGGACUGUGCAGAUCUCAUAUAUGUUAUUGCCUACAUCUUCCUGUUUUCUUGUCCCUUGAUUUGUUGGCUGACUCCUUGAGCAUAAUGAAGUUAGAAUGUACAUUCCACAGUCCUGUGAUCUGCAGCUUUUCAGAAGGGCAAGCCCCAGAACAAUUUUAUUCUAAACUGAUGUCAUUAGAUUCUAGAGUCUGCUGUCAUCAGAUUCUGUGUCAUUGCCAUGUUAAUUCCACGUGCAGCUUCAGCAUUCAGUCUUCUGACCUGUUCCACCUGCACAGGGCGUUUUAUGACUUAAGGAUGAUGGCUUAGAAAGGAACGGACAGAUUUACUUUGGAUUAAAUUCAAUAUGGGAAAAUGCUUAAGCUGCUACAAAGAGGACCAGAGCUUGCAACCAAAUCAUCCUGCGGAUCAAAUUACUUCAGAUCCCCUGCACCCUGAAGGCUCUUCUGUUACCAAAUGGACUGUAUCUCUUGAUGUUAAAGCAACUCGUCCUUCUGCAAUACGCAAAGUCCUUUCACCUAGAGGAAAUAGAAAGUUUUCUUCUCCAUCAAAUACAUCUACUCCCUCAUCUUUCUCUGGAAGAAGACGUUCUUUAUUUACUCAAUUUCAGAAAAGCAAUGCUUCCCUUCAUCAUCAACAAAGUAGAGCCAACUUUGAUGCUCAAGAAAGAAGUUUCAGUGAUUUAAAAUCUGCCUCAGACCAUUUUGGUUUUAGAUCCCGAAGACCUUUCUCUGCCCCUAGACUAAGUAUAGUGACCUGUUAUGAGAGUGCCACUUUUUUUGAUCUUCGAUCAAGUAAUGAGAGCAUUUUUAAUCCAGAUGAAAUUGAAGUGAUUUCCAAAAACUCAAGUAUUGCUAAUGCUGAAAAAUAUAUAAACUCUUUUUCUCCUGAAUAUAACUUUAAACAUUUUAUGAAUUUUGAAACAAAAGAUAAUUCCACCUAUCAGAACACUGUUAAUAAAGACACCUCCCAACAAAGUGCGGCAAGCAUCCUCUCUCUUCCAACUGUUGUUUCCCAUUCCCAUCAACAAAGUGGAUGUGCUGUUGAUAGUCAAGAAAGAGAGCAGUUAAGGAAAGCUUCCCUUCAUCCUGCUCCUAAAAGUUAUAUUACAGCUAAUACUGACACAGAAGAACAGAGUUUUCCGGUCACUAAGGCAUUGAACACACACGUGGAAGACUUAAAUUUAGAUGUCCUUCUUCAGAAGGCGGACCGUUUGCGUUUGGAGGAGUCUAGCAAGAUGGAGAGCUUUGAACUACUUUGUGACCACAAAGACAAGUAUAGAGAUGAAAUAGAGUUUAUUUGGCGGUUUGCUCGUGCUUAUGGAGAUAUGUAUGAGUUAUCUACAAAUACUCAAGAAAAGAAACAUUAUGCUAAUAUUGGUAUGCGAUUUUGUGUGGCUACGUAUCAGAGUUUGAAGGCUUACAAAACAAAAUCAACUAUGGACAUCGCUUCAAGGAACAUCUGGAUAAAGCAAUCCAAUUUUUACCUGAAGAACCCUUUUUGUAUUACCUAAAGGGAAGAUACUGUUAUACUGUCUCGAAACUGAGCUGGAUUGAGAAAAAAAUGGCUGCUACUCUGUUUG